AUGUGGCUGCGCAAGAAUGGCCUGAAGGGAAUGAUGCCACCAUCGAGAGAAGACGGGACGGUUGCACUGAGUGCCGGAGAAAGAAAGUCAAGUGCGACCUACGACGACCAGUAUGUUUACGCUGCAAGCGCUAUCCCAGAGGAUGCUCUUACAGUCCGAACUUUAUCUCACAAGUCCUUGAGCGGCCAAACGCUCGACAGCGAGAGGAAAAAAAGUCCAUCAGCAGUCAAACGUCAUGGGAUCUGA